UUGUAGGAUUGAUAAGCUUCUGCAUAUUCAAAACACUUUCUUGAGAUGAACUGUUUUUUCUUGCAUUCCUAAUUGUGCAACACAUACCUGGCUUACAAGAUGUCAAGUUUAGCCAGACAUAUCUCAUACUUAUGAUAAUCUUUGCAAAAUUAGUGAUAACUUUUACUAGUUUAUUUAAAUGAGAGAAUGUUCUUUGAUCAAUUAAAUCUUACUUUAUUGCUCCAGGAAGUUGCAAACAAAUUUCUUCUUUUUUCCCUUUACAGUCUUUCAUUCAUACAGCAAAUUCAACUCCUUCAUAUCUCUCUCUCUGCCUUCUAUGCUAAAUUCAGCAAAGUAUUCUGUCAGAGAGAUUUUUUGAGAGAGACAGAGAGAGAUUGUUGAGAUGGGUAAUUGUUUGAUGAGCUCAAAAUCUCAUGGUGCUGCUGAAAAGUCUGUUUCCAACAUAUAUUCGAAUCAAAGUACCAAUCCAGAUACCACUAGACCUUCCACAUACACUACAACUUCUGGGACAUUGAGUAACACAAAUGGUGGAGGCUCCUCUGUCACCAGCAGCAGUGCAGGCCAGCAAAGUCAGAGCCAGUUUUCCAUGGCAGCAAGUUGUGGGACUGGGACUUCUUCUAUGGGAGAGAUUUUGGCUACUCUAAACCUCAAGGUUUAUAGCUUUUCGGAUUUGAAGAAUGCCACUAAAAGUUUUAAAAAAGAUACUGUGUUAGGUGUGGGAGGUUUCGGGACAGUUUACAAGGGUUGGGUGGAUGAGAACACGCUUGAGCCCUGUAAGGCUGGCUCAGGGAUAAUGGUUGCUGUCAAGAAAUUGAACCAUGAAAGCGUGCAGGGAUUUCAAGAAUGGCAGCCAGAAGUAAAGUUUUUAGGAACUCUUUGUCAUCCCAACUUGGUCAAGUUAUUGGGAUACUGUGGGGAGGAUCAAGAGCUCGUACUCGUAUAUGAGUUUAUGCAGAAGGGAAGCUUGGAAAACCAUCUUUUUAGGAGGAGUUCUGCUACUGAACUACUGUCAUGGGACAAACGGCUAAAAAUAGCCAUUGGAGCUGCACGGGGACUUGAAUUCUUGCAUAGUUCAGAAAAGAAAAUCAUUUACUGAGACUUUAAGGCCUCCAACAUACUGCUUGAUAUGGACUAUAAUCCAAAGAUAUCAGACUUUGGCUUGGCGAAAUCGGGUCCCUCGGGUGGAGAUUCACAUGUUACUGGUCUGGGGAAUUUUGUGUUGGAAUUUGUUGAUAUCCUUUUCGGGAAAAGAGAACUAGGGGAAAAAAGAGCAAGAAAAUGCAUGUGAAAAAACGUGGCAGACCCAACCCGCGCCUGACCAAAGAGGUUGCAGAGGAGCGCAAGGCGGUGAAGUGAUUGCGGAAUGCUGCUCGUCAGGACCCAGUUAUGGUUUCUAAGAUUUUGGACAACUCAAAUCGGUAUCCAGAGCAGGGGAGUUUAACUUGUCACAAAUUUAAAAGGAUUAAAAGCAGUAUGGUCAAUUGUUCGAAUUGCAAAUGGAGAUGCUUCUGCAAUGAGUGUUUGAGGCAGUUUAAAUUUGAUAGUGCUGACAGCAGUCUUGAGUUGGGCCUGAGGUUUUUACGAUAACACAAGCUGCAAUAUUGCUCCAACAUCUUCUAUGUAUGCGGCGGCGGCUGAUAGUAAAGAGGGGGAUUUUGGGAAUUCCCCUGGUGGUGGUUUAUUUUAUGGUGAUCCAGCCUGGCGAUCAUCAUCGCCAGAGCUUGAUGGUUCUGGCCUGUUUGCUAACGAACUCUGCAAUGCUGUUUCUGAUGUUACCCCUAGAGAUGCUGUUCAUUAUGCUGAAGGAUAUAGUGUUAAUAAUAUAUCAACAAGAGAAGUUUGAUGAAAGCCUACAGCAGACCACGAGGGUAACCCUGCAGUCGAUAGUCUGAUUUAUCACCGAAGAAAUUAAAAGAAUCUCUUGCUCAACUUCAACAACUGCAAAAAGGAAAGAGUGAGAGGUUGAAAAAAGUCCUUGAGUCUGUGACCACAGUUCAUGAUCUUUGUGCUGUCCGCGAAAUAGACUUUUUUAGUGUUACGACUGAAGUCCAUCCAAGCCUUAUGAUUCUACUGGUGUGCAAUCUAAAAGCAUUAGCAAUGACAUUUUAUCUCAGCAAGAAGUCUUGGCCCUGCAAGAGGAUAAGUAACAAAGUUUGCAUAAGAUAAUGGAAAGAUAAUGGAAGAGCUAGAGGUCUAUGUUCUUUUGUGAACCACAUGAGCUUGCUUUUGGAUGAUAAGUCUAGAAUUAUUUCAAAUAAAAAUCACGCGCCAGUGAUAAAUGGAUAUAGGGUUGCGGGUUUGUGAAUUAUAUUAUUUUGUGGUUUGUAGAAUAUCCAUACUUAGUUUCAUUUAAUUGUUUGUAUUAUGAACAUGCACUAAAAUUUUGUUUAGCUUCUAAUUUUAAAAAUUCUUAUUCACACGGAAAGUUUUAGCCAUUUUUCUGACUUUUUUUUCCGGAGCUGGUUUUCAAUAUAUAUGCAAAUAUACCCUUGUUUUUUACACAAUUCCUGCAUUGCCAUUGCCUGUUUGUUUUCUUCUGAUCUCUAACAGUUUCGAUUUAGCUCAGUUGUUCUCUCCUUGUCUGCGAUUUAUGUUUAGUGCUGGGUUGCCUCUCCUCGCUUGGUUUUUUUCUCUUCGUUUGGUACACCUUCUUCACACUGGAUGGCUCCCCUAAAAAACGUAGCAGACCAAAGCUGUGCCUGACCUAAGAGGUGGCAGAGGAGCUCAGGGCGGUGAAGCAAUUGCAAAAUGCUACUUGUCAGGACACAGGACAAAAGUUAACAUCACUUCUGCGAUUGGUUUUGUCAUUGUAUAUUGGAAUUCAUUGGGAACAACGCUUGGUUACUGAAUUUCUACUUUGUCAUGCUUUUUCUCUUUGUGCUGAAGUUGUAGACAGAUUAAUGAUGGACUUGUACAUUGGUUGGAACGUCCUCAUCCACGGAAGUACAUUGUUUUAAACUUUGCCAAAAUUUCAUUCAUUUUUUUUAGUCUCUAUUCCCUGUCAAAUGCUAACCCUCCCGGUUUAUUUAGAUUGUGAGUAGGCAUAUACUCCUUUACUCAGCCUUUGAUGGAAUCAGCGGUGCAAUCUUUUGGUGGUGUUUUUAAUCCUUGUCUCCUUCUACUUCGGCGGCGAUUAUAGUUUAAACAUUCUUCAGAGGUCUCUAGCAUUGUUGUGUUAGUAAAAGGAAUUGGAUUGUAAGAACUGCAGUUGUGGCAAAGUAAUAGUUAGAAAUUUGCAUUGAGGUCUGCUUGGAAUUGCAGUGCAAAAAUAUAUGUUCCCUCUUUCAGCUGCACUAAGCGAAACAAAUUGGGCAAAGCUUGUGUACAUCUUAUUGGGGCUCUUGUGGUUUGUUUUUGGUAUGUCAUGGUCCAAUCAGAGUACAUACAAUAUAAGGAUCGAAGCCAGUCGAUACAUACGAAUAAAGGAUUUGGUAAAAAAAUAACUUUAUAGGAAAAGAUAGGACAAAUGAUGCGAUAGAAAGAAUCGUGACUCUUGUGGAGGUCAUAAAGAAAUAAUUAUUCGGUAAGUUUCUUAGCAAAUAUUCUACAAUAUGCAUUUAAUCAUAAUUUGUGCAGUACAUAUGUUUUUAUGAUCUUUACAGUUAGUCUGUUGAGUGAUGGAUGGAGUGUUCCAAACAAACACGCAUCUCCUGAGGAACAGGUAAACAUGGUAAUGAAAUUCCAAUUGGUGCAUUAUCAACCCGUCUUGGUAUACUCAUGAUCUAUGAAAUUGAUGUUCACGGCCAUAACAAUGCUUAAGUUGCAACAAUAUUUCCACACAACACUGACUUAGGAGCAACUAGGCAAGUAAAUGGUACGUAGAUGUUACUUGGUCUGUGAAACGAUGAAUAUAUUAGAACUGAUAGCUUGCCUUAUAGUAUAAUCAAGACUCCUCAUAAAAAUUUAAGUGAAAAAAGGAUAUUGUUUGGGGCUUUGUUGGCAGUAGAAUUUUGUAUGUGUUAUAUGUUAACCCAAGAUUUAUUCUACCAACCACUUCUGGUCAUUAACCUCAAUUGUGUGUUCUUCAAAAGUCUAGACCUGCUAGAAUAAUGAAAUUUGAGAAGAUUGCAAAAUAAGUUUAUAUAAAGGUUUUUUAUUGUACAUCUAGAGAUGCAUAAUAUUCUUAUGCAGGGACCCUCAACUGGAGAAAAAGAUUGUUGCAGCUACUGCUCUUGAAGUGAGAGCUACAAGAAUACCUUAUGCCUUUGCACCUUGUAUUGUGGUACAUAAUUGUGGAAAAAUUUAAUUCCAGAAAUCAGAAUACUUCCUUCACUUGGUUUGGUCAGCAGUUCUUAGAAAUAUAUUUAGUUAAGGUACUAUUUUGGUUUCUCUUCACUAAAUAGUUAUAAACCAAUACCUUGAAUUGCUUUCCGAACUCGAAGCUUCAACUCUAAGAAGAUCAAGACUCAUAUCUAUAGUCAAAGUAUGUAUAUUCUGAAUUCUUCCUUUUGCUGUCUUCGCAAGACUUUUUAUUGUCAACUUAUUUUUAUAAGUCCUUCUGUUUGGUGCCUUCUAUAAUUCUGGUCGAUAUGCAAUCCAAGUCGGUGAUAGAAAUAUUACAAGAUUUAUCGUUAGACUCCUGUAUUCCUCUUCAAGAACGUACUAAUUAUAUGAUCAUGUGUAAGUUUACUUGAUACCGGUGUGUAAUUCUAUUUAACUAAAUCCAUAACCAAAUAAAGGAUAUAUAAAUUCCUUUAACAUGUACUAAACAUGCAAAUAAAAUUGUAUACAUUUAUAAGCUGUCUCAUGUAAAUUUUUACAUAAUAAAAAGAACCAGACCUAGAGAUUGGCAUGAAUAAAAAUUUGACACAUAUUGACAUGGAUAAAAAUAUUUUGUUUCCUACUGAUGUCCAUCAAUAACAAUACAAAUUUCAGCCAUUUUCUACAAAAUGACCUGUGCCUCUCACACUCUUGUUUAUCCUGUUCAAGAUAAAGAAGAUAUAUGCAUUAAUGAUGAAGCUUUCAUGAUUAUGAGUCAUCCUUAGCAGAGAAAGAUGCAGAGUCCUCCACUUCUAUAAAUGCUUUUCGUCUCAUUAGCAUGGCCUCAAGCCUGGAUCUUUCAGGCUUCUUCGAGAAAGAGGACAUUUCUGAGAGGACCAUCAGAUUUACAUCUCAUCAUUCUCCAAAAAAAUUGAUUGAGGGGAUUGGAUUCAUUGUUACACAGAUGGGUUUUUUAUUCCGGAAGAGAAGUGGACAGAAACGCAAGACUUUUGACGAGAAUUUUUUGAGAAAGGACACAUCAAGUCUCUACAAGUUGGUUAAUGCCGCAUACUACUUGCAGUUGAGACCAUUGUAUAAAAAAACUUGUUCUGCUAUUGCGCGAAAGAUUGAGGAUGAAUCUCUCGAGGAGAUAUGCCGUUUAUUUAAUUUUCCCAAUUUAUUCUUACUAGAAAAAAUUAGACCGACUAUAUACAUUUCAGCAAUCUUCCAACCACAUUUUCAUAACAGACUUAUAAAGUUUUUAAUAUCAUGGAAUUCUUGAGUUGAAA